AUCUCCCUUCAUCUGAUAAUCCAUCACGAUGAAAUUGAGCGAUAUAUUAUUAUAUCCGGUCAUCUUAGUCGGUGGCACGUGUAUUAUAUACGUUCUGACACCGCUGAUCGUGCAUUCACGAAGCAAGCGUCACAGACGGCAGCAUGGCGAGCGCCACACCACUCGGCCAAAGGGAUUGCCUCCUCGGAAGCGUGCUCUGUCGCUGCCAUUACCAGAGCUGCCCAAAAAGAGUAAACAGAAAAGCUAUGCGCAGAAUGAGUGUCUGUUGUUUAAAUUGCCUCCGGAAAUUCGCAGGUUGAUUUACAAGGAGAUUCUCGCUCCAGAGGAUGGCUCGGUGCUGCAUGUGGCUAGUUCUCAUAAGAGACUGCGCAGUAUGCGUUGCCAUGAAUGGAAUCCAAGAAUACGAGAUUGGGAGCAUCGCUGCUGGGGUGAAGUGGUGAUGGAUGGGUCGACCAAGAGCUUCUGGGGGUAUCGCUGCUCCAAGGCGGGAAACAUCAUGGGACUGUUGCAGUCCUGUCGACGAAUAUACUCGGAAGCAAUCGACGUUCUGUACACAGACAAUGUGCUCAAUGUCCGCCAGACAAGAACAGUCGCAGACCUCCCCAAGGCAAUGCUUCCACACCGAUUCCAGGCUAUCCGCUCCCUACAUAUCGACGUACCCGUGGACUUUGCCUUUCCAAAUGAUGGAUUCUUCUCUUUAGAAUACUCUGCAUGGCCACUCGACGUGGGUGAAUUCUGGAUGGAAGCAUGGCAAGCCAUCGCGCAGAUGAGCGGACUGCAAGAUCUCCGCGUUUCGUUCAGCCUGACCAGAGACGUUAUCGUGAUACCUGAUACGGAGUCAUACAUUAAUAUCUUCAGACCGAUGGCUGAACUCCGUGUACCGAAGUACGUCGUUGAGUUCUAUUGGGCAGUGGAUUUGGUGGAUGUCAUCAAGGCUUAUGAAGAUGGGUUGCCAUUUUCAAUCGAGAUUAAAGAUCCAGAGUUGGAGAUACGAUAUGAUGAUAAUGCAGGGGGGCUGCCGGUGUUUAUACGAAAUGGGGUAUGGGAUGGAUUCGUUUUAUGAGGUGAUGCUUUGAUUUGUUGUAAUGACCUAGACUGCUAAACAUAUUACCCCACUGCAAUAGAUCGAAAAGUGGCAUGACAGUAUUGAUUAGAUCGAGGGCCAUCGGUAGUAGCUAUCAACUGUUAAAUUGAGGUUGUAAUGCAGAUUCUGAUAGACUUACCUGAUGCACACCAUCAAUCAGAACCGUAGCUCAAUUGACAGUGUUGGGCGUUAACAAAACACCUUGAGUAAUGAACAUAGGACUGAUAUGGAAUACC